AUGCCAGUGUCUACUAUUACUGUAGCCAGCACUGGCUCUAAGCUCUACAAAUCUUAUCAAACCAGAAGCAACUCUGCUCUACAAGCAACCUCUCGAACAUCUGUGAAAUCUACUGGGAGUGUUCAAAAGUUCAAUUUGACACCAAAACCACUUACACCAGUUUUACAAUUGAGUAAAACUGAGUCUGCGGCAUGCAGAAAGACAUCCUCAACCCCUCUACAAGAAGCUCAAGAAGCCCACAAGGCAUCUGUGAAUAUUAUCACAGAAAAUCCUAGUCCAAACCCUUUGUAUGAUGACUUGGCGGAUGAUGAUGAUGACGACGACGACGACGAUAGUGAUAAUGAUGAUGAUGAUUCCCAACAAUUUCAUUGUUAUCAUCAUCUUACCUCAAAUGGGCGAAAAGUUGUGAAAAAAAUAAGUAAGCUGCCUCCAGAGACAGGUCGCACCAUGGAAUUCCACGAUGUUGGUGCGCGGGAAUAUGAAGCAAUAGAAGACGUACUAGGAGAGAUGGGCUGGACAUCCAAGCCCAGGCUGACUUAUGAUUACGAGAAAACCUCUCUCCUUGUCGAGAUGCCAAGUGCCAUCCAUGAAGCACCUUUUGACUGCCUGAAACUCUCCCUAGGAAACUCCAUCGCAGCAAUGCCCUAUGACAAUGAUCUCAUAUUCCCGAUGGUUCAUAUGAAUUCUUUGUUGAGCGUCAAAGAGAAAUCAGUUACGCCAGAUAUCUGCAUCACUGUCACACCAGCAGUAGGCCCUACCAAGAUCGUACUAGUUCCAUUCGUUGGGGAGUGCACAUGCAGUGAAGACAAGGCCCAUGCCAUUGGCAAACUCAAAGACACCAUCGCCACUCAUCAUGACACGCAGAUGGCCGUUCUUGGGCUGAUUCAUGAAGCAUGA